AAGGAUGACACCGGAUUUUGACGAAGAGGUGGUUUUUGAGGCUAGAUUCCGUAUAUAUCUUCAAAGUUAGUUCCUUUAUCUUGGAGCCUGACUACCCCCUGGAGACUGAAGUGGGAAGGACAACAUAACCUCACACUCAGGCUGAGCAGCAACAGGACAAAGUUUAGAAAAUGAUGGACUCCAUAUCUAACAAUUCUCCACUUUACCAGUACUUACAGGAUCUGGGACACACAGACUUCGAAGUAUGUUCUUCUCUGUCACCAAAACCAGAAAAAUGCACAGUGACAGAGGGACAACAAAAGCCUCCUGCAAGAGCCCUGCCAAAACGAGGCAUCCUGUUAAAAGUGGCUGAAACCAUCAAAAGCUGGAUUUUGGUUCAGUGCAGUAAGAAUGAUGACUUACUUCACAAGUUGGGUUUCGUCUUCAUAGGUGUGUUGAAAAGGUCAAUGAAGUGUCUCAUCUACGUAGACAUCAUCUCUAGCCAGGUGGAGCCAUCCUCAUUCUUCAGUGAUACUAGGGCUGUGGAUAUUGGAUUCCGACUCGACUCACUACAUACCAUCCUGCAACAGGAAGUCCUGUUACAAGAGGAUGUGGAACUGAUUGAGCUACUUGAUCCCAGUGUCCUGUCUGCAGGGCAACCUCAACAACAGGAAAAUGGACACCUUCCAACACUUUGCUCCCUGGCGACCCCUAAUAUUUGGGAUGUCUCAGUGCUAUUUGCCUUCAUUAGUUUGCUCAUUAUGCUUCCCACUUGGUGGAUUGUAUCUUCCUGGCUGCUAUGGGGAGUGAUUCUAUUUGUUUAUCUGAUCAUAAGAGCUUUGAGAUUAUGGAGGACAGCAAAACUACAAAUAACCCUAAAAAAAUACAAUGUCCAUUUGGAAGAUAUAGCAACAAAUAGCCGAGGUUUUACUAACCUCGUGAGAAAAGCUUUACGUCUCAUUCAAGAAACUGAAGUCAUUUCCAGAGGAUUUACACUUUUGCUUGACAGGGUCAGUGCUGCUUGCCCAUUUAAUAAAGCUGGACAGCAUCCCAGUCAGCAUCUCAUCGGUCUUCGGAAAGCUGUCUACAGAACUGUAAGAGCCAACUUUCAAGCAGCAAGGCUAGCUACCCUAUAUAUGCUGAAAAACUACCCCCUGAACUCUGAGAGUGACAAUGUAACCAACUACAUCUGUGUGGUGCCUUUUAAGGAGCUGGGCCUUGGACUUAGUGAAGAGCAGAUUUCAGAAGAAGAAGCACAUAACCUUACAGAUGGCUUCAGCCUGCCUGCAUUGAAGGUUUUGUUCCAACUCUGGGUGGCACAGAGUUCAGAGUUCUUCAGGCGGUUAGCCCUGUUACUUUCUACGGCUAAUUCACCUCCUGGGCCCUUACUUACUCCAGCACUUUUGCCUCAUCAUAUUCUAUCUGAUGUGACUCAAGGUCUACCUCAUGCUCAUUCUGCCUGUUUGGAAGAGCUUAAGCGCAGCUAUGAGUUCUAUCGGUACUUUGAAACUCAGCACCAGUCAGUAGUACCCCAGCGUUUAUCCAAAACUCAGCAGAAGUCAAGAGAACUGAAUAAUGUUCACACAGCAGUACGCAGCUUGCAGCUCCAUCUGAAAGCAUUACUGAAUGAGGUAAUAAUUUUUGAAGAUGAACUUGAAAAGCUUGUUUGUACUAAAGAAACACAAGAACUAGUGUCAGAAGCUUAUCAAAUCCUAGAAGAGAAAUUAAAGUUGAUUCAGCCUCAUGUUCAAGCGAGCAACAAUUGCUGGGAAGAGGCCAUUUCUCAAGUGGACAAGUUGCUACGAAGAAACACAGAUAAAAAAGGCAAACCUGAAAUGGCGUGUGAAAACCCACACUGUACUGUGGUACCUCUGAUGCAGCCUCCUCUACACAUUGCAGACAAGGAUCCAAUCCCUGAGGAGCAGGAGUUAGAAGCUUAUGUAGAUGAUAUUGAUAUGGACAGUGAUUUCAGAAAGGAUGACUUUUAUUACUUGUCUCAAGAAGACAGAGAGAGACAGGAGCGUGAGCAUGAAGAAUCCAAGAGGGUACUCCAAGAACUAAAAUCUGUGCUGGGAUUUAAAGCAUCAGAGGCAGAAAGGCAGAAGUGGAAGCAGCUUCUAUUUAGUGAUCAUGCUGUGUUGAAAUCCUUGUGUCCUGUAGACCCAGUGGAACCCAUAAGUAAUUCAGAACCAUCAGUGGAUUCAGAUAUGGGGAAAGUUUGUAAAAAUGAUACUGAAGAGGAAAAUAAUAAACCCUCUACAACCGACAAUGAAAUAAGUAAUAGGACUGAGUAUUUAUGUGAAUACCCUCUAGAUGGUAAAAAUAAAGACAAUUCUGCAAAUGAAGUCUUCCUCCAAGGAGCUGAAGAAAGAAUGUAUUACCAAUGUGAGAGCGAAGAUGAGUCCCAGCAGGCUGAUGCAGGUGGCCUGGCCCCUGCCCACCCAACCCACGGGGCCUCAUUGCAGCCCUCCAUCAAGCAGAGGCUGGCACAGCUACAGCUGUCACCGGAUUUUACCUUCACUGCUGGCCUCGCUGCAGAAGUGGCUGCUAGAUCUCUCUCCUUUACUACCAUGCAGGAACAGACUUUUGGUGAUGAAGAAGAAGAACAAAUAAUGCAAGAAAAUGAAAAUGAGGUAGAAGAAAAGUAAGAACCAAGAUUUCCAUUAAGGAUUUUAAAUUGUUCUUUUUUGUGAAAGUGUUUUAACUUCAAGACUAGAUAUUCCACUGGAAAGGGAAAAUGAGUGUAAGUUUACUAUAUUUAAAGCUAAGAUGUGAAUUUACAGGAAGAACCCUGGUUUUGAACAGCUGAUCUGAAAAUAGUAGUUUACCUGUAAAUGGCAGAUCUUUUAGGAAAAUAAGAGAAAGGUAAGGGCUCUUUUGAAUAAACUGCUAUUUUAUUUUCAGCACAACUGAUUGAUCUUGGAAAUUCUUUAAGUAUCUUUAAUAACAAAUGAAUUUAUCAUUUCUUGCCAGAAUUUACUACCAUAAAAUGACUGGGGUAAUUCUGUUGCAAGAAUAUUAACAUUUAGUAUGGCUCCUUUUUACUGUAUUCUUGCAGUUAAUGACUGCAGCUAUCAUGUCAGUAACAAGCUGUUUGUAUUUUAUUUUUGUUUAUACCAGUCUUAAAACAAAGAUACACGUUCUGAAUAAAAAAAAAAUUGAAUUCAUGCAAUUGAUGUGUACUGGGGUUUGGAACUAAAAUGUAGUCUCAGAAUUAUUUGGCUUAUAACGUGUCUUAUGUUUCCUUGUUCGUAUGUGUAUUCAGUGGUUAAUUUUAAGA